GACACGUCCGGACUAUACCUCCGGUUAGCGCUUACGGACACUAACUGUUCACGUCAUAAACCCAAAGGCAGAGCUCUGCCAGUCCUCAGUCGGUUGUGUCGGGCAGUGAUGUGGAGUUACAGCAAAUCGGGAAUUGUUCCCCAAUUAGUCAAUCAAUACAAUGAUAUAAUUGAACAGAAUUUGUGUCAAACGAUUCAAUUGAAUGAAUUGCGGAAUAAUUCAAUGGACAGCGAGUGUAACGAUGGAUGUGUUGAAAGUGAAAGUGUUAGCAGAAAUGAAACGCGCGAUAACUUCUCUACAUUGACUAAUAAGGACUCCAAUCACUAUAACAGUAAUGCCUCUCAAAUGCCUCACAAUAGCAUCGCUGUCGAGGAAGACAUACCAAAGUCUAUUCAAAGUGAUAGCAAAUUAAAUACGGAAACAUUAGCCAAAGGCAGUGAUGCUGUGAUUCCGGAGCCAAAUAAUAUGCCAAUAGAGAAACCGGUGAAAGAGAGUGAACCCAAUGAAUGUGAUUUGAAUAAGUCUAAGGAAACGAAACCAAUUGAACCAAAAGAGUCCUAUAAAUUGAAUGCAAUUAAAGUAAAUCCAGUCUUAGAAAAGCUAAUGAGUAGAAGAAGGCAUACGUUUGUAAUGAAAACAAUAGUUCCCAAAGAGAUUUGCGGCGUUUGUGGCGAUUGUAUUCAGUUUUCCGAGAAAUACAAGCAAUGCGUGGACUGUAUUGCCAUCAGUCAUAUGAACUGUUCGGCCAAACUGCCGGUGCCCUGCAUUCGCUACACUAACCCAACCCUAAAACCAUCAAAACUCAUAUCCAAUUAUGUUUAUCCAUCGUUUAAGCCGUCGAUUCCGGCGCUAAUCAUACACUGUAUACGAGAGGUGGAGGAGAGGUGUCACGAAUGCUCUCCAAACAGUCUCUAUGUUAUGAAUUCCGAGGUCUGCGGCGAUACCGAAGUGAACCGUAAGAUUAAACUCAUCAACAAAUGUCAUAAACUCGGA